CUCGUUCCUUCAGUCCAGUGUGUAGUCUGUAGUCCGUCGUCCGUCAUCAUGAUGGCAAAUUAUUUAAAUGUGUAUAAUUUCAUCCCUCGAGUUUUACUUUUCCUCCUUAGUGUCUUAACGCUUUCUGAAUGUCUUUAUGAGGAUCAAGUUGGAAAAUUUGACUGGCAACAGAGUUUUAUUGGUGAUUUAAAGUUUGCAUUUGGAGAUGCGUCUGGGAAACGUGGAAUUGUUGCCACAGAAUUAAAUGUUGUAGCAGCUCUCAACCUCAAAACAGGCAAUAUACUAUGGCGUCAUGUACUAGAGAGGGAUGGAAAAAUUGAAUACAUGUCUAUGACCAGUAGUGGUGAAGCUAUUAUAGUUUCUCAAGGAAUCAAAUCACUUGUGCGUGCCUUUGAUCCUGUCACUGGGACACUCUCGUGGGAGUGGACUGUGCCCUCCUCGCUUCCUGUUAACAGGGUUUUAUGGGCUGUUUCCACCGACAAACUCUAUGCAGUAACAUUGAAUGAUGGUGUCGGUUUUGCUGUUCAACAAUUUAAUAUGAGAACUGGUGCUUUGAUUGGCAAAUGGCAAAAUACUGCACCUUGGGCUCAAAAGGACAGAUGUGGUCUUUCACGCGACAUCCUGGCGUGCUUCUCAGGAAAAAACCUCCACAACAUCAGAUUCUCACAAAGUGAUGUAAAACCUGUUACAUUAGAAUUGUCUCAGAGUAUUGCUCAACUGCAGCCUGUCAAAUCAGGGGACAAGCCUGGAGUAUUUGUAGACUUUGAAAGCACUGGUACGGUGAAGUCAAGCCAAGUUGUGUUCUUCGCUGAACAAGGGCAGUCCAAUGUGCAAUGUAAAACCCUAUCAUCUCCAGCCCAAUGGGUUACUUAUGAUUCAUCUCAGAAAUCUAAUGCUCUUCUCCAAUUCUCCCAGAAAAAUGAGGAGCUACAUGUCAUUGCAUCUGACUGUGUAUCUGGAAGGAAAUUAGAAGAUUUGUCUUUCUCUAUCCCCUGGCCCACUUCACUUCAACCUCAGCUUAAAACUGUUAUUUGCGGGCCUAACAAAGAUGAUUUAUCUUUGUGCCGUCUGCUCCUUCGUACCUCAGAUGAAGCAGUUACUCUUCUUCAAUAUAUCGGUAAGGUGUUGUGGGUCCGAGAGGAAGCUUUGGCAUCUGUAGUAGCUGCAGAGAUGAUGGAUCUCCCUGUUUCUGACAAGGAUGCUGCAAUAGAAAAGGAGUUUGACAGCAAAGAAGGGGAUUAUUCAGCUCUUGCUGGCUUGUUGGGAAUGUUUGGGAGACGCCUUGUAAGCCAAGCCUUGCAACUGCAACACCUAGUGCAAGCUGUUCUUGGACUUCAUGAACCCCACCAGCCUUCUGGUCAACGAGCAGACCUUGUUCGUGAUGAUUUUGGCUUGCAUAAAAUGAUAGUUCUUGCUACCAAGGCAGGAAAGCUAUUUGGGCUAGACAACUUUAAUGGUGAGAUUGUAUGGCAAAAAAUGUUGUUGAAUGUAGACACUAGUUCUAUGCAACUUUUUGUUCAAAGAACAACACGACAUGGACCUUACCCAGCGCAGUGCUCUUUGUUACUGAAGGAUAAAGACUCUAAGGAAAGUGUACUUUAUACUUUUGACCCAAUGACUGGUUUGGGUAAUAGGAAAAACUUGGGCUAUCGAGCUCUGCAGACCAUGCUGCUUCCAGUAAUGGAUGCUGAAUCAUUGCGACCUAUUCUGCUUCUUGACUCUUCUGAAAAAGUGCACAUUGAACCUCGAUCAGCUAUAUCCUUGGCUGACUCAUUUGCAUCAUCUCUUUACAUUUAUGUUGCUGAUCCUGCAACUGGAGUAGUUAGAGGGUACACCUUUGCUCAAUCAACUUCUGAGAGACUUGUUGCUGCUAGAGUGUGGGAGGUAGUUUUCCAGCCAGAAUCUCAAACCUUGGUGAAUGUGGUUGGUAAGAAUCCCCAAGAAAGAGUUCAUUCACAAGGUCGCGUAUUAGGAGACCGUAGCGUACUCUACAAGUAUGUUAAUCCAAAUCUAGUUGCUGUUGUAACCCAAGGAACUGAUACCCUUCACAAAUUUGUUCUAAAUGUUUAUCUUUUGGAUGCUGUCUCUGGAGCUAUAGUAUUCUCAAUUUCUCAUAAAAGAGCCCGGGAACCUAUUCAUUUGGUGCAUACCGAAAAUUGGGUUGUGUACACUUACUUCAGUGAAAAAUGGAGGCGCACAGAAAUAGCUUCAAUUGAGUUGUAUGAAGGCAAAACUCAAAGCAAUUCAGGAUCUUUCUCCUCCCUUAUUGCUCCCCCUCAACCAUUGGUUGAGCGCCAGUCAUAUAUUCUUCCUGCAGUAGUUCAGGCUAUGAAACCUACUGUGACAGAGAAAGGUAUCACCAGCAGGCAUGUCCUGGUUGGACUUGCUACUGGUGCAGUGCUCGAGCUUCCCUGGAUGUUCCUUGACCCUAGACGACCUGUCACUGUAACACCUGAGAUGCGAGAGGAAGGUGUCAUACCUUACAUGCCUGAGUUGCCAAUUCCUCCUGAAUCCAUUAUAAACUACAACAAAUCUCUACCCCUCAUAAGUGGUAUACAUACAGCUCCUAGUGGAUUAGAAAGCACAUCACUUGUCCUUGUAUAUGGACUAGAUCUCUUUUACACAAGAGUAGCACCAUCAAAGACUUUUGAUCUCUUAAAAGAAGACUUUGAUCCAUUCCUUAUUUCAAUGGUUCUUGUUGGACUUGGGUUGGCAUCUUAUACGACUAAGCGUCUAGCUUCAAGGAAAGCUUUAAAGCAAGCAUGGAAAUGAUGAUUUAUUUGUUAAAACAAUAUUUAUUUCAUUUAUGUGUAUGUAUUGGAUCUCUGUGAUACCAUUAUGCUUCAAAUAUGACAUUUUCUAUUGCAACAUUUUGAGGACUGUUUUUCUUUUAGUGUCAGACAAGAAUACAAUUUUUCAAUUUCAAAACUCUAAACUGAGUGCUAAUGACUCUCAAGAACUGUACUUUCAGCCCCUUUUUCUGCUGAGAAUGGGAGGGGCAAUUACCACACCUUUGAUUUAUGUUGUAUCUUGUAGUAAGUUGGUUUCCUAGCAGAUAAGCUUUAAUCAAUCUUUGCUAGUUGAAUCCCAAAUUACCAUCCUAAUGGUAAAGAAAAUAUUCUACUGGGUGUUAUGCAGUAUGUAUGCUGUUUUCCAAGUUGUAUGAAAGACUUCUUAUCUUCGUCUAUUUUUGGUCCAAAGGGUAAAUUACUGGAAUUUUGUACUUUUUUGUGUGAACUCAUCUUUUGAGAUAAAAUCAUACCUAUAAGGACUGAUAUUUAAAACUAUCAAAGGCACUAAUUGCUUGGUUUUGUUUCUGUUUAGGGUGAGGAAUAUACAGACAUUUUAUUGCUAGUCUAGUUAUUUGUUGUUUCUCAUUUAAAAUAAAAAUUUUCUUUGUUGUCAUCACCAAGAUCCUUACAAUACAUGUAUUCAAACCUUUAUUAGCUGUGUUAAAAGGCCCCCCGCAAAAAGCACAUAAAUUUUUAUUAUCAAAUUUAUACUUUUCCUAAAAUUUGUAAGAGCUAUCUUGUGUUCUAGUCUUAACAGCUUUCAUCAGUACAAUCCUGAAACUCAUAAUGUGCAUCUAUCUUCAUCUUUAGCUGAAUUAUGGGACCCAUCUUAUGAGGUGUAUAUUAUAAGGGCGUUGAUUAAAGUAGGUAAUUGCUUCAUUUGUUGCAAUUAGAUUGAUUAUGGCAUAUUUUUAAGAAAUGAGUACUGAAGAAAUGUGUUCUGUAGAAUUGUAGAAUCCUGAUUCGUUGGUUUUCUCAACUUUUGCACAUGUAAUUUGUAUAUUAGCUCCAUUCCCUCAAUACAUAUUUCAAUCAGUGGGAAAUCAAUUCCUUGUGACGUUUUCCAAAGUACAUCCUGUUGUUGUGUUGUUGAAUCGGAGUAGUUACCUGAUGAUUGAUAAUCCUGUUGGAACUGCUAUAGUAUUGGUAAAAGCAGAGUGUUUUUAUUACACUAGAUUAAUACAAUGUGAACGUAAUGUCAUACUUCAAUCUGAUUUUAUGAGAUUACAGAACAAGUGUGGUGUUUUGGUAUUUAGAAUACAAAUUGUGCAUUGAUUUUAUCGAUGAAUAAAUUUUAUCUUCUACAAAUUGUUUUUAAA